UAAAAACAACUCCACCUAACAUUAUUCUCCUACGAGUUCUCAUUUUCUAUCCAAAAUCAAAAUCAUCAAGAAAUCCUUAUGAUUGCCAGAUAAUCAUGUUUUCCAAUCCAAAAGUACCUACAACUACUCUCUUAAUCACUUGUAGUAUUUCCCUACUCCUAUUCUUCUUCUCCCCAUGUUUACCAAAUUACACUACUCAUCAUCACCACUACCUCUACACUUCACUCUCAGACAAUUCAUCCAUUUCAAACAACCUUCAAAUCCUAACUACUAGGCCUCACAUAGCCGGUUCAUUACACAACGCCGAUGCCGCUGCUUACGUUCUCUCCACUUUCAAUUCCUAUUCCCCUUGCAUGAAUUCCCACAUCGCAUCUUACCACGUGUCCUUAACGUACCCUUCAUCACGUACACUGACGUUGAUACGUCCACAUCCGGAGCCACCAAGCGGUUUCAAUCUUACUCAAGAGAACUACUCCAAUAACCCCUAUGCUCACGAGGUGGGACCAACGUUCCACGCAUACGCUAAGUCAGGUACGGCUGUUGGACGCGUCGUCUAUGCAAAUUACGGGAGUGUCGGGGAUUUCAAAACGCUCAGACAGAUGGGCGUGAACGUGUCGGGUACGGUUGUGUUGGCAAGGUACGGAAAGAUUUACCGUGGGGAUAUUAUAAGCAACGCUUGCGAAGAAGGAGCACUGGGUGUUUUGCUGUAUACGGAUAGGACAGAUUACGGUGGUCCGGAGAGUUUUCCUGAUGACAAGUGGAUGCCACCAAGUGGGGUCCAAGUUGGUACAGUAUACAGAGGGGCAGGUGAUCCAUCAACACCAGGAUGGGCUAGUACAGAUUCUGCUUGUGAGAGAUUAUCGACGGAUGAGAUUGAACGAAGAGGUGAAGUUCCUUCGAUUCCAUCUUUACCAAUAUCAUCCGAUGACGGUGAGUUCAUUCUGAGCGCAAUGGGUGGAAAAGUGGCCAAGGAUGAUUGGCAAGGUGAUUCUAAUGCUCCUAUUUAUAGAAUUGGUCCUGGCCCUGGGAUUCUAAACCUCACUUACCAGGGAAAUUAUGUUAUAAGCAAAAUAGAGAAUGUAAUUGGUGUCAUUGAAGGAGUUGAAGAGCCCGAUAGAUUUGUGAUUUUGGGUAAUAACCGAGAUGCAUGGACGUUCGGGGGAGUCGAUCCUAACAGUGGAACUGCAGUAUUACUAGAUAUUGCUCGAAGACUUGGUAAAUUGCAAAAGAAUGGAUGGAGACCAAGGCGAACAAUUAUGUUGUGCAAUUGGGAUGCUGAGGAGUAUGGCUUGAUAGGUUCGACUGAAUGGGUUGAAGAGAACAGGGAAAUGCUAGCAUCAAGAGCUGUUGCAUACUUGAACAUUGGCACUGCUGUCUCUGGACCAGGAUUUCAUGUUUCUACCACUCCUCAGCUUGAUGGACUACUUAAACAAGUUGCUCAACAGGUUCAAGACCCGGACAAUUCCUCGCAAACCAUAUAUGAUUCAUGGAGUGGUUCCAAAGGCACCCCUACAUUUGGGAGGUUAGGAGGUGGAGGGUCUGAUUACACAGCGUUUGUUCAACAUGUUGGAGUCUCUACCAUUGACAUGUCCUUUGGGGGAGGGUACCCUGUCUACCACUCUAUGUAUGAUGACUUCACGUGGAUGAGAAAAUUUGGGGAUCCUAUGUUCCAAAGACAUGUAGCAGCUGCUAGCAUUUGGGGGCUAGUUGCUCUUCAUCUUGCCGAUGAUGAGUUGUUACCUUUUAACUACAUGUUCUAUGCAAAGGAACUGCAGGCAAGCACAAGGGAACUAGAAAAGAGAAUCUCGGGCAAGAGUUUGAGCCUCCAUCCAUUGUACAGAUCAAUCCAAGAGCUUAAGAAAGCAGCUAUUAAAAUUGGUAAACAGAAAAAGGUGUUGGAAGAAAGAAUAAGUUGGGCAUCGUUGUUGCGAAGAGAUCCUUUGAAAGCAAGAGAGUUGAAUGAUCGAUUAAUGAUGGCAGAACGAGCAUUCACUGACAGAGACGGUCUCCCUGGGAGGCCAUGGUACAAGCAUUUGAUUUAUGGACCGUCAAAGUACAAUGAUUACGGGUCCAAAUCGUUUCCCGGGAUAGAUGAUGCUAUUGAGAAGGCAAAGACCCUGAACACUAUGGAAUCAUGGCGCCUGGUGCAACAUGAAAUUUGGAGAGUCUCUAGAGCCAUAACACAUGCAUCAUUAGUUCUCAACGGAAAACUAACUUGAUCCCAUAGAUGUCAUUAUUUUUCCAUAGUUGCUUAGAUUUUUCAGCUCUACAUAAACUUGCUUUAGCCAUUAUUGCAUCAACUGUACGUAAAUCUGGAACGACUAUAUAUUUAGUGUACUUGAUGGACAAAGUUAACUUAAUUUGUUCAAGCA